AUGAAGGUCCAUUAUGCCUUGACUUUUGAGGAGGAAGUCAGGUACAUAUGGAGGGAACCAAAGAACGGAUUUGGAGUGGUCGUCUUCUUCCUUAAUCGAUAUCUCGUGCCCCUUCUACUAGCGUUCGAUCUCUCCGGUGCGCUCGCACCCAACCCUAGCCUCCAAUACUGCGUAUUCUGGUAUCUUCUAGAAGAGUUCGGCGCCAUCUUUAGCAUUGCACUAGUGGAAAUUAUUCUGAUGACCCAGGCAUGGGUGCUGUACGGCGGGGACAAAAAGAUGAAGAUCGUGCUGUGGACGCUGUUGGGGAUGUGCUUCGCGGCUUCGUUUAUUCUGAUUGGAAUCGGCUCGACUGAGGUGACGGUUGGAGCAAGCAAGAACCCCGGUGCUCCAGGCUGCGUGGCUAUUCUCACUGCGCAUGUACAGUUCUGGCAGUUCUGGUCCCCAUGGAUGUUCCUAUCUAUCGUCGUAUUUGUCCUUACCAUUGCGAGGGCACACGCUCAUGCAAAGGGAGACGUGACCACACAUCUUGGCGAAGCGAUCAUGCGAGAUGGAAUCUACUAUUUUGGCAUCAUAGCGGUUGCAUCCACCAUCACUGUCGUCAUCUUCGUGGCUGCACGUGUCUCUCUGCAGUCUUUCGCAGUCCCCUGGUUCCAAGUGAUCGCCUCUAUCAGCGGUAGCCGCUUGUUACUCAACAUGCGCCGCGUCCGUGCGGAGACAAUCACCCAGUACGUGCCCGUCACCAGGGCCAGGCGAAGACCGCCGUUCGACUACAACAGUCUCUCCUCUUUCUCUGCCCACCGCAGGCUCACUAGUAGCCAACGACCGCUCUUCCUCGGAUCGCCCAACAGCCAGGCUACCUGGAACUACAGCCCAAGUGGGCUCGAGACACCUGAUACGAGUCCGUUCCCCGAGUAUCCGCAAAUGCACAGACGUGCAUCUUUGGACUGAUUUUUUUUGGACUGAACAUAUCGCACCACAUCUGUAUGUAUAUCAGUAUUGUAUUAGUCACGCCAGCG